AUGGCCAUGAAGAGCUCUUGGGGCCGGCGAGUGGCUGGGGGAGCGGGAAUACCCUCGCAGCCGGGCAGGCAGAAGGAGGAGGGCGGGAGGAAGGCAGGAGGAAGACGGCUGGAAGGGGGUAGCAAGGGAAAAGGAGAGCAGGCAGGAAAGGGACAGAAUGGGGGCAGCCGCUGGCCGGUUCGCCUGCUGGUGAUCACCUGCGUGAUGGCCGGGCCGGCGCUGAGCCAGGAGUGCUCCGCGAAGAAGAUGGAGAAUUCCAUCAUCGAUAUAGACUUGUCCCUGCCCCGCGGCGUCCGGGGCGCGGAGCCGCUGCGCGUCCCCGGCCCGGGUGCGUGUGUCCGCGCCUGCUGCUCGGGGCAGCGGCUCGCAGGAGACAAGAAGUGUAAUUUGAUUAUUUUUUAUGCUGCAAGAACAAGUACACAUCCAAACUGCUACUUGUUUUACUGUCCUAGCACUGAGGCUUGUCCAAUGAAAUCUGCACCAGGACUUGUGAGCUACAAGAUAACUACAGACAUCCAUGCCCCAGAGGAUAAAUCCACCAAAACCGAGAACUUUUCUUCAAAUGAGUAUCCUUUGCCUUUGGAUGCUGGAACCUUUAUUUCUCACAGUCAGAAUACCCAUGAGAAUUACACUACCAGUUUGCAGCAAUCCGUCUUUCAUCAGGCAUCUGAACUCCUGAACCAUAUAGGCAAGCAUUUGGACAACAUGAAACUUCAUACAGUUUUUCCUGAAUCUCAAAGAGCAGAACAGUCUGAGAGCUUAGACCCCAUCUCAAGGCAGAAGGUAACUACCCUGCCACCAAACAUACCUGGGGUUCCAGUUGGAAACCCCACUGCUUCAUUCCCCUCCACUGCUCAGGCAGACACUCCUGAAACUGGAAGUGCUUCUCUCACUCCUCUGCCAGCAAGUACUGCCCAGCUGGAGCCUCAAACAACCUCUCUGCCUCCCGGUGCUGCUAAACCAAACACAACCAGCCCCACCACAGCUGCCUCUCCACCUGCUGCAGCCACUGCAGCUAAACCUGGUGUCCCAGCCACUAGCAUCCUUGUUACUCAUGUUCUUCUUUCCAAGCCCACCAAUUCUGCUUCUACUUCUACAACCCAGCAGGUGACCACAAAUCUCAGAUCUGUUACCACCCCAUCAGGGCCAAGGACUCCAGCCAUGGCUCCUGAGCCAACAGCUGUCUCUUCCAAUGAUACCAGCCGUGUGACCCUCCUCUCUUUUCCAGGUUUCAUUCUGUCCAGUGAUUCCCCUGCAUCUUCCCAAAAUGACCUUCGGGGUUAUGACCCAUCUGGCUCAGAAAACUCCUUGUCAGAAGGUGUUCUGGGAGGGAAAGGGGUCUUUCAGCUGGGGGAAAAAAGCAGCCUUGUAGCAGCUUUGUUUUUUGGGGUGAUGUUCUUGUUGCUAGUUAUUGUGCUGACAGGGAAGAAAAUACAUGAAUCCCUUCAGAAGAGGCAUUACACCAGGCUGGAUUACUUGAUCAAUGGAAUGUAUGCUGAUGUCUGACUGGGAGAGGGAAUAAAAUUUUGAGGAACAUCUCUCACUUUUGAGAAGAGAACUCUGAAAUGGAACAGUGAAAUCUUGGAAGAGAAUGGAUUCCUUUUUUGGGCUCUAACGGGAAAGCAGGAGCCAGGAGAUUGGUUUGGUAGUGAGAAGGAAUGCUCUGUCUCUGCUGAACUAUAAUGUCUGUCAUUUUUGAUUUAUUACUAAAUCCUCAGAGUAAACAUUUAAAUCCAGGUUAAGCUAAGAAGGUCUUAUAUUUAAGGAGAAAAAGCAUUUCAAGAGCUUAACCUGAACUGUGACAAGAUUAGUGAAAUUGAAGUACACCUAAUAAAUUCAGUACCUGUGCAGCAUGUGGGUGUUUUCAGUGCUAUUUGCACCAAAUGCCAGAGUGUUACACGAUUGCCUGGCAAUCCUAUUUACCUUAUUUGUAGCUUUAAAGGAAUACUUAGUAAUAGAGCUUUGCAUCCAAAUGGUUUUAGGUACAAAGAGGAAAAAUAUAUCACAUAUGGCAUAAUUUAAUUUUCCUUAUCUAAAUAUGGUUUAUGGUUUCAUACAUAUCUUUAAAAUUAUUUUGCAUACAUCUCAGGUAUCCUUAAAACUACAUACUGCAAAUGUGGGGGCUCUCAAAGCACAACCUCUUCACUUCUAGUGUCCCCUCCAUGUGACUGGUAAUAAGCAUAGCUACUUAGUAACAGUUGUUUUAAUAUUUGAGGUUUUUUCCAACUAAACAAUUCUAUGAUUUUAUGUUUUUCUGACUCUUCAACAGGGAGAGUAAGUGGGAGCAUCUACUGCCACACAACUUCCAGGUCACGUUAUUUAAAUUUCCCUUUCCGUACAGUCUGUCUAAACCUGGUUUUAGAGUGAAAGGCUAGAUUUCAGUGUUCGUGUCAGGUGGCAUAAUCAACAACAAAUGUCAGGGCAGAGAAGGAAGGGUGCCUCAUGAAUGCAAGGAAACAAUUCUGUUACAAAAUAUGUUACAAAAUUCUGUUACAAAAAAUAUGAAAUUUGACUCACAUCCAAGAGAUUCUUAGAUCUGUCAAGCUUAGUGUGGUGAGAAGCAGGCAUGAUCCAAAAAAUGGCCUCAAGGCAAGUUUUCUGAAAGCUCUAAAUAACUAAAUGCAGAAAAUUCUCUGAAAAUUCCAUUAUUCAGAGAUCAAAGAAAAGUCAGUGUUCCUUCUGUCAAGAACUUGAAUUCUUACUAUAUGGAGGCUGAAAAUUGCUUUAUAUAUAUAAAACCAGCUGGUCUGCUAUACUGUUUAAGUCUGACAAUGGUUAAAAGAAAAGCAGUCUGGAUAACCUCUUAAAAGUGAACAAAAUUACAGAGGAAAUAUACCUCAAAUUUAACAGCUUGUUUGUUGAUUGUGCUUUGUUUAACCUCAUUUUCUUUCUUUUUUUAAUUGCUAUUGUCAGAGGUUUCUGGUCAAGGAACCUAACAGGGAGGAACAUUUUUGGGAAAUGAGUUCACAGAAUGAUAAGUACUAGGCCUAGCCGUAAAAACGCAGAUGCAGAUCUGAGGUUGACCAUAAUUUUCUCUCAUAAGAACUGCAACCUUCAUGAGAAGCUUUCUAUGUUGCUGCUGCCACCACAGCAUCUUAAUGCAGGAGAGGUGCUGAGAACAACCCCUGAAUGCUCACUGUGCAUUUCUGCUGUAAUAAAUAAUUUGUUGGAGGUAAAAGAUGGUCGGUAUUAAUUUAUAUGGUUACAGUACAGUAGCAAAAUAGUCAACAGAAAACAGCAGAUGUAUCUCAGGGUUGUUCAGAGCACAGAUCGUAGUCACCUGGAGAGGGGCAUUUUUUAAGGACAUGUAGUAAUAGGACAAGGGGGAAUAGCUUUAAACUAAAAGAAAUAAAGUUUAGAGUAGAUACUGAGAAGAAAUUCUCCCUUG